AUGCCAAAUAAGACUUCCAUUAGAGAAUUCAUUCUUCUGGGACUUACGGACGAUCCGGAGUUACAAGCUGUAAUAUUCUGCUUCAUGUUCAUCACGUACUUACUAAGUGUAAGUGGAAAUAUGGCCAUCAUUAUAUUAACAUUGUCUGAUGUUCACUUGAAAACUCCUAUGUAUUUCUUCCUCAGGAAUUUCUCUUUCUUAGAAAUUUCAUUUACAACUGUAUGCAUCCCUAGAUUUCUAAUGAGCAUCGCUACAGGGGACACAUCCAUCUCCUACAAUGCUUGUAUGGCACAAGUAUUUUUUUAAAUUCUUCUGGGAGCAACAGAGUUUUUUCUUCUGGCUGUCAUGUCCUAUGAUCGCUAUGUGGCCAUCUGCAAACCUCUACAUUAUACAACUAUAAUGAGUAACAAAGUCUGCCAUUGGCUGGUGAUCAGCUCCUGGCUAGCUGGUUUUCUUGUUAUCUUCCCCCCAGUGGUGAUGGGGCUCCAGCUGGACUUCUGUGACUCCAACAUUAUCGAUCACUUCACCUGUGACUCUUCACCUAUGCUGCUCAUUGCUUGUUCAGACACACAGUUUCUAGAGCUUCUGGCAUUUUUCCUAGCAGUCUUCACACUUAUGGUAACUCUGACCUUGGUGAUCCUCUCCUACACAUUCAUCCUUAGAACGAUUCUGAAGAUUCCCUCUGCUCAGCAAAGGAAAAAGGCCUUUUCCACGUGUUCCUCCCAUAUGAUCGUGGUUUCCAUUUCUUACGGAAGUUGUAUUUUUAUGUACGUGAAAACAUCUGCAAAAGAAGGUGUGGCCCUCAGCAAAGGGGUAGCAGUGCUCAAUACCUCUGUUGCUCCCAUGUUAAAUCCCUUUAUUUACACAUUAAGGAACCAGCAGGUGAAACAGGUUCUGAAAGACUUCUCAAAAAAAAUGUUCUCAUUAAACAAGCAUUAG